CGUUGAUCUACCACUGAUGGAGUCAUUUACAUUCUAGCGAAAACUUUCUUUUCUUCCCCCUCCUCUAACCACUUUCCUUGAACUCUUCCCUCCCUCCCCCCUGAAGACCCUCCCCCUCUUUCAACAAGCUAGCAUUCCAGGAUGGGUCUAUCUCCCUCGGGAAAUCACCAUCGCCGGCGGAGCUCAGUGCUCACGGGUACCGGGGGCCCCUCACAGGUAGGCCCGACCGAGCAGAGGGACGAUAACCCGCGCACCAAUGGCGACUCUGUCAGCUAUAAACGGGAAGAACAGAAAGCCGCCGAGGACGCAGACGUGUCCGACCUCUCGUCGAUCGCUGAGAGCUCCGAGGACGACCUCCAAGAUGAUGAAGAGACCGGUCUGACCGCAAAACAGAGACGCCAGCGACGGCGGCGAAGAAAGCAACGGAGACAGUUGGAUGCUCGGAUCGCCGGAGUCAAGGGUUCCCAGAGUGAUGUGUUCUCGGUUGGGUUGGCGGAUCGAAACGUGAUGAGGAGGCUGUUGGUCAACGCAGGGUUGAUUCUGAUGUGGUAUUUCUUUUCGUUGGCGAUAUCAAUCUACAAUAAAUGGAUGUUUUCCGAGGAUGAUGUCGUCUUUCCCUUUCCGUUAUUUACCACCAGUUUACACAUGCUCGUCCAGUUCUCACUAUCAUCCUUCAUCCUGUACCUGAUUCCUUCGCUGCGCCCCCGGGCGCCCGCGUCAUCGCCUUCCGGAUCACCGAUGAGGCAGCAAGAUGGGUCCGAGAAUAGUGUCGUAUCGAAAGCAUUCUAUUUCACACGUCUUGUUCCUUGCGGUGCAGCAACUUCCCUUGAUAUUGGGCUGGGCAAUAUGUCGUUGAAAUUCAUCUCUCUCACGUUCCUUACUAUGUGUAAAUCAUCUGCUUUAGCCUUCGUCCUACUAUUUGCUUUCCUCUUCCGCCUAGAAACUCCGUCAGCUAGGUUGAUCGUUAUCAUCGCUACAAUGACUAUCGGUGUCGUCAUGAUGGUCGCAGGCGAGACUGCUUUCAACAUUCUCGGGUUCCUGCUAGUCAUCGCAUCCGCUUUCUUCUCGGGCUUCCGAUGGGGCUUGACACAAAUCCUUUUGCUGCGGCAUCCAGCUACGGCUAACCCAUUCUCUACCCUCUUUUUCCUUACUCCCGUCAUGUUUAUCUCCUUGAUUACUAUCGCGCUGGCCGUGGAAGGCCCAUCUCAGAUUGUUACGGGCUUCGUCGCUCUCAGCGACGCUCAUGGUGGCAUGCUUGCGACCUUUCUCCUCAUAUUCCCUGGUAUCCUGGCGUUUUGUAUGAUCUCAUCCGAAUUUGCGCUUCUCAAGCGUUCAUCAGUCGUCACAUUGAGCAUCUGUGGUAUCUUCAAAGAAGUGGUCACGAUAAGCGCAGCAGGUGUGGUAUUCCAUGACCAGCUCACACUCAUAAAUAUUGUGGGUCUCGUCAUUACCAUCAGCAGCAUCGGUUCCUACAAUUAUAUGAAGAUCUCCAAGAUGCGUGCCGAAGCUCGGAAGGGCACGUGGGAGCCUGAGCCAGAGUCGGACUCGGAAACAGAAGACUCGGAUCCCUCCCGAGGUCGCGGAGGAUAUCACCGCGUUGCAAAUCCGGAAACAAGUAUGCUACGCGCUUCGUCGGAUACACGUGGCGAUCAAAAUGUCAACAUUACGCCCGCUGAUGAUUCGAUUCUUGGUCGGCGGUCAUUCCGUGUUCGAGCCAGCGGUGCCAGCAGCAGCACACAAGGGCUUACUAUUUCUACCGCUAACUUAAGUGACCAUGAUAAAGUGUGCUCGCCACGAGUGUCUGCCCCAUCUCCUUUGAAGUCAGCGCCACCGGUCGUGGUCUCUGCCGAAUCUGAACUACAGAAAGCGGGACGAAGUCUCGGUACGGGAAGUCAGCUUCAAUCGUCGCCUGAAAGAGCAUCCUCUCGCGAGAGGCGUUAGGCUGGGUUGCUACCUCGUUUUAGCGGUUCUUCUAUAUUCCAUUGUGCUGGACGCCACGGCUAUGGUUCGUCCCGCACUUGCGCUUUCCCUCUUCCAUGCCCAGGUUUCAUCUGGUUGUUUUAGGGGUUCGCCCCGAUCAAAUCAGAACGAACAGGUCGAGGGGCCGAUAUAAUCGCUUGGAUUCAGAAUUUCCAAGUGCGAUAUCGAGGCAUGGCGCUCUCAUAUCUUUUAUAUCAAUUGCAACACUUCAAGGAUUGCCUGGAAGUGCCCAGGGAGUCUCGCAUAUUCUGGCCGAGUCACUCAUAUAGACAGCGAUUUGUGUGAUACCAUGU